AGUAUAUACUUUGACCUUUUCUAUUCACGAAAUGAGUUUUGUUUAUAGGUAAUACCACCUAGUGCAAGAUAAGUACUCACGUAGCUACUAGAUCUACAAUAUUGGUGCAAAAUUAGAAACGUUAGACUUUAAAUGUGGCAGAAAUGCACCGUUAAUUAAGUAAUUAGUGUGAAAAAUUAAUAAAGAAUUUCUGUCAUGCAAAACACCCAGCCACCACUGGGAUGACAAAUUGCAAAAAAUAUAUUGUAGAACUAAAUUUCUCUCACGUUGACUCAUAACGGUGAAUGACUGACUGAAUUAGGUGAAAUUUUACACGUAUUUUAUCCAAUUAUUAAAUUCUUCCGCGACCUAACCAAAAAUCCAUCCAUCUGGUACAAUGUGGGUCCCAACUCAUGUAACAGUAACAGUACAAAGAGCUAGUGGAUUAUUAACCAAGGGUAAAAACAACACAAAUGAUUGCUUCGUGACAAUUGGUUUGGGGAAAAUGAAAUAUCAAACUUCAAUAAAAGAAAAAUCUGGACAAUCCGUAGAAUGGCAUGAAGAAUGUGAAUUACCGAUCCCUGAACAAGGAAACACUGCAGAGAUACUCCUUACCGUUUUACAUCACAAUUUUUUAGGGGUUGAUGAAUUUUUAGGCCGUGCAGUUAUCCCCUUGAAUACUUUGGAUAUAUAUGAAAGACCUAAAAAUCGGAUGUAUCCUCUUCAAAGCAAACCAGGCGGGAAAACUAAAGACAGGGGCCAGCUCGAGGUCAAAAUUAGUUUUAAUGUUAAAUCCGGUAGUUUAACCAAUUUAAGCAAAAAGGAAAAACAUAAAUCAUCACUAGGAGGAUUAUCUCAUGUCGCUCAAUCAGUGGGUGGUAGUUUACUCAGUCUUGGUAGCGCAGAAAAGCGGAAAGGCAUUAAAAAAUUUGCUAAGUCUAUAGGGUCUAAAAUGCACCUAAAAGGCAAAAAAAAAGAUGAGUCAGAUGAUGGGGCUUCCUCUAUUGGGAGUGUCGGUAGUUUGAAUAUUAGAAGCCACCCUUUAAAUCGACGUUUUAAAAGCAAACAAACUUUAGAAGACGCCGAUCCCGGAGUUGUUAGUGAUGAAGAUGAAUUUACGUUUGACGACUUAUCACACAAGAGUUCAACAAGCUCCAUAAGCAUAUCAACCAAUCAAACAUCAUCACCUGCACCAAUCAAACCUUCAUUUUCUCAAGAAACAUCAUCCCCGCUUACAAAUAUAAAAAGUCAGACAUUGCCACCCGCAAAACCACCUAGAUCAGAGUUGAAAGUUCAGGAUGAAUGGGAAUCCAAACUGUUUGGCAACUCUAAAUCAAAAAAUGCUUUAAAACCCGGGAGCAGCGAAUCACUUAACAGAAGAUCUUGGGAUUCGUCCAAAUUAGCUUCACAGAUUGUUGAGGAGUCCAACGAAUCCCUAGAAGGUCUGACAAUUAAAGAGCCACCCACACAGCCCAUUAAAGCAACUAUACAGGCCAACAAAAUGCCAGAACCCAGCAAAAAAGAAGAAAAAGAGAAAGAUGGUAUGCUGGCUAAACUCAAAAACUUUAGGAAAGAUAAAGAUAGAAGCGAAUUAGUGGAUGUGAAAAUUGAUAAAAUAAUGGGCAAUUCAAAUGAACGUGUUAUUAUAGGAGGAGAAAGUGUAACCGAAAAAUCAAUUCAUAUUCCAAAUGAAUUACAUCAAAAGUUUGAAGGGAAAACUAGAGAGGAUUUGAUAUUAUCUUUAGUUGAUACUCAAAGCGAGCUGGAAAAAACCAAGAAGAAGUUGAAAGACUUGGAAGAUUACUUAGAUGAUUUGCUGUUAAGGGUGAUGGAAACAACUCCAAGAAUUCUGCAAAAUCCAUAUGUGACUUACAAAAUACCACAAAAGCAGUACUUGGGUUAAUCUUACAGCUUACUGCCAUGACUCUCUGCUAAUUGUGCCUAUUAAAAUAAAGAACGUUGCGUUUUAAUAUAUGAACAUAAAUUAACUGUGAUUAAAUGUUGAAACAUUCACAUAUUUGACUUUGUAUAAUUAUAUACACUUAAGACUAACUUCAAUUAUUAUUUAUAUGUUUUGUACCUUGUUACAUUGUUUAUACUAAUUUCAUGUACAACAAGUAGGUAACUUAUUCCAAAUGUACUAACCAAGGUCUUCCGCAGUUUCUGUAGGCGUGGAUU